AUGUGGGCUCUGACUUCCCGGCCAAUUUAUAGCACAGAGGCGCUGCAGCUGAUGGAGCGUUACAAGGUGCACAAUGCGCUGCAGAGCAACCGGUGGCUUCUGCCACGGCACCUGCCCUUGUUUGCCGUUCGACCUCUCUACCCGGCACAGCUGGUGCUGCCGACCAGCAGCGUGAUUCAGCUUCCCCUCUGCGCCGUUCCCUUCUGUUCGCUGCCAACCUGGAGGAAGCGGGAGAUUCUCAGCUUGUACCCACCGCCCUCCACGCCUCCGGGCUCGUGCUUAUUUCUUGAUAGUAGCGGGUCUGACACGCGAUGGCGUCCAGCCUCCAUGUCGGAGUGCUUUGAUGCGGCAUUUGUGCGCAGUGAUUCCCCGGCAUCUCACCAACACUUGCUGUGCGCCGCUGACUGCGCCGCGGGCGGGACGUUUGCGGAGGAGGUGACGGUGCUCAACGCUCAAGAGACGAACAAUCCUUUUUUGGUCGACGCUGACCUCACGCACCGCAAUCUACUCGAUAAAGUGGCGUUUCAGCACUCUAUCGGCAGCUCGCUGACCACCAUCGCAGCACAGUUCCGCUACACAUCAUUUGACUGGGUCGAGGUGACAGCGGUGGCUGCCGCCGGUCUGCGCGUGUGUGCCAACGCAGAGCCACAUCUCGUCAGCUGCGCCGAUGAGCUGAGAGUGGUACACAUCUCGCAGCUGCCGUCCCAGCGCCAGGAGGAACUUGUGGCCGCAAUCCCGCGCCAAAUUCUCAUCAAGAGCAUGGCAUUUUCGUAUGUCUUCUACCACAAGCGCUGGCGAUAUCACAAGCUCAUGGGGCUGACGAGUCCGCUGCUCCAUCGCCACAUUCCAUGCUGCGGCACCCCACAAGCACAAGCCUUGCAACCGCUUCUUUGGAUUGCCGUGGACCAAAACAUGGAGUUCCACGGUACCGUGACGAAGCGUGAGCGUCGCUUACCCAGACGGUUCUACAACUCGCAACAGCUCGAACUAGACGCGUGCGCUUUCCCAAGUCACCGAUAA